CGGCAAAACUGUAAACAAACUUCCUGAUUCUUACAUUUCUAGCUAAGCUAAUUAUGAUCGUUGACAAUACGAAUAACGUGAUAGCUCAGUCAGUAUACGAAUACACGCUUCGACCAACCUUCAAAUCUGUCGAAUAUCAGCAUCAUGCAGCAGUGAGACUAUAAAUCGGUACCAAUCUCCAUCAGCAACAGUGAAUUAAAAAAUGGAAUUUCAUGAUCCGUUUGAAUCGUGCCCAUAUAAUGUAUUCCAUAGGAUUCGACGAUCACGUAUGCAGUUCCAUGUUACAACAUGCGCUCAAAAUCAUCGACAUGUAACGGGCAUGGUUCAAUGCCCUUUUGAUGCUCGACACGUUAUCAAACAUAUAGAAUUCGAACACCACAAACGUACCUGUCCAGCAAGGGCAUCAGUAAUAGAUUAUGCUAUUCAUGAUACAGUAUCUCAAGCAAAACUGAAAAUCUUACCAAUUGAUAUUAAUCCUGUAGGACAAUGGGAUGAGAAAUGGGAUGAUGAUGCUGAUGUUAAAACUUAUAAUCCUAUUCAGUACAUUAAAGAUAAACCCAUAGUAUAUCCUCUCAUAGGAGUUUCAAAAGCUAAAAGGAAAAAUCAUAGAUUACAAGAAAGAAUUCGGUACAGCAAAGUAAUAGAAAAUGAAGGAGGAAAUAUGUCACAAAAUAGAUUUUACUCAAGGCAAAUGAGUACAAACUCAGAAUGGAACAGUACAAUGGAAGUAGUUCAUGAAAUCCAUGAUAAUACAAAUGAGGCAGAAAAACCUUUGCGUCCACCUUCUAAAUUUGUUAUUGCCCAUCUGACUGAUAAAACUUAUGAUGACUAUACAAACCAGAUUUCUACAUCUCCUGUGAGCACAGCAAAAGCUCCUGAAGUAUUAUCAACAUCAUCGAAAUUUGAUCAAUCCUCAGUUCAUUCAUCUAGUUCUGGAGCAGCAUCAUCAAACAGUCAGGAAACAUCUUGCUCAAAAAAAUCAUCAGAAAACCAAGGGAUAUUUAAAAAAUCAUCAAAAGCAAUUGACAUAAAUUCUGAGAAUAGUAGCAACCAGAGUGCAUGUUCAAUUCAUAACAGAGGCAGUGUUAUCUCUAAUAAGGAUGAGCAUCAGUUUAAUCAACAUAAAUCCAACAAUAAAGAAAAGCUACCUUCUGACGCUGACAAUAUUGUCUUCAGUAAGAAUAGUUAUCAAUUCAUUCAGUAUCGACUAACAGAUCAAGAAAAGAUUUCUACAUCUGAUAUAAAGAGUAUUGCCUCUAGCAAGGAUAAUUAUGAGUUUAUUCAAAAUCAACUCAAGGAUCAAGAAAAGUGUCCUAUAUUUAAUAUAAAUAGUAGUAUUUCCAGUAAAGAUAAUCAAUUUAGUGAAUAUGAACUUAAAAGUCAAAAGAACUGUUCUACUCCCGAUACAGACAGUAUUAUCUCUAGUAAAAAUGAUUUUUCAUUAAAUCAAUACAAAUACAAGAUACAAAGAAAGUAUUCUAUUCCUGAUACAAUCAGUAUUGUCUCUGAUAAGAGUAAAUAUCAAUGUUAUCAGCAUCAAAGUGAACAAAGUGAACACCUAGAAAAACUUUCAAUACUAGAUACAGUCAGUAUAGCCUCAAGUAAUGAUGAAUAUCAAUUUGCUGAGGUUCUUAUACGUACAAGUUCAGGUAUGUCUUUAUCAUCAUCAAUUUCUUCAACUUCAGAAAUUGAGUCAGUGUUUAGCUGUGAAGAUGAUGAGCUAAUAAUUCAGAUGUUAUCAACAACUAUUAAAGAAGCAGAUAAGAAUAAUAAAAAUAAUGAAGAGAUUCUGAUAAAAGACACCGUAUAUAAUCUUUCUAGUGGAAAUGAAAGUCCACAUAAUAUGACUCUGAUGAAUGGUAAUUUAGUUAUGUCGUCUUCAUCAUCAGAAGAAGUUGAAAAUACGAACCAUUCAUUUAGUAGUGGAAUAAAGCAAUCAAGAAACUACAGUAUUAAGUCAAUAGAAACCAACUCAACUGAAAAUACUUCAAUAUUUGAUAAAUUAUCAAAGACAAUUGAAGAAUUAGCAAUGAAUAAUGAAGAUUAUAAAAAGAAGAGUGAAUCGUUAGAUCAAGAAUUAAAUAAGUUGAAAAAAUUGCCACCAAAAAAAUCUGUACAAAUAAAUGGUGCUAUUAAUUCAAAAAAGGGUAAACUAUUUCGUAGAUGUGGUGCAAAUUUCUUAAAUUUGGAAAAAUGUAAUAAAGUAAAAAUGGAAUUUGAUCCGUACGAGACCUGCCCAUACGACGUUGUGCAUCGCAUUCGUAGAUCCCGAAUGCAGUUUCACAUUACAAUAUGUUCCAAGAAUUUUCCCGCAUCAAAAAUGAUGCAGUGCCCCUUUGAUGCUCGUCAUAAAGUCAAUAAAGUGGAAUUUGAAUACCAUAAGAAUCAUUGUCCUGCAAGGGAGUCUGUAAUUCAUUAUGCAAUUUGUGAUGCAUCACAAGCAGAACAAAAAACUCUGCCAAUUGAUGUCAACCCUGUCGGAGUAUCAGAUGAAAACUGGGAUGAGGGUGCCAAUGUCAAAACCUACAACCCACUUCAAGCUAUUCAAGAUAAACCAAUUGUAUAUCCUAUUAUUGGACUAUCAAAAGCGAAAAGGAAGAACCAUAGAAUGCAGGAAAGAAUGCGUUUCAAUCAAAUCAUGGAAAACAGUGGAAAUCAAAGUACAAAUCAAAGGGAAAUACAAACAAAUUCUUCAAUUAAGGGACCACAAUUGCUGCCAAAAAAGUCUGUUGAUAAAAAAGAUGAAGAGGAUUAUAAACCAUUACGUCGACCACUUCACAUUGGUAACAAGAGCAACAGUGCUCCAAGAGAUAAAAGCCAGAACUUUAUACCUUUUGAGGAUUUGAAAAAAUUACCACAAAGGGUUAACAACACUUCUAAUGUUCCAAUUAGUUAUGCAACAGCACUUUCAAAAAAUAAAACAAGUCCUAUUUUUAAUAAAUCUAAGGAAAACAAUGAUUCUAUAAUUGAUAAGCUAUCAAGAACAUUUGAAGAAAUCGGAGUCGAUGAUGAAGGCCAUAAGAAGAAAACUGAACAGUUGGACAAGCAAUUAAAUAUGUUGAAAAAAAUUCCAUCAGAGAACAAAAAACAAGAAAACAAAAAACCAUAACUUUUAAUUAUAAACUCCAACAUUUUAUCAUUUUACAAUUUUAAAGAAGUCUCAAAAGUUAAUUUAUAAAAUAAUUUUGAUUGUACAAUUAAAUAAGGAUCAUUUACUAAACUCAGCAAGAAAACAAAGAUAUAAAAUGUGAUCAGUUACUUUAGAUUUCUUUCAUGUAUUGACACAUGAUUAAAUUAUAUAAUUUAUCAUACGUUGUUAAAAUGAAAAAAUGACUUUUUGUAUAAUUUAAUGUGACAAAAUUAACGAGUCAUCUUGUGGGAAAAAAAGAAUAUCUGAGUUUAUUUUUAUUUUUCUUAUUGAUAGUAAUAUUAUGAUUUCAGUGAUGAAGUACAUGAAAAGGUAUUAACUAUAGACAAUUAAGAUAUCAUUUUUCUAUAAAGGGGAAAUAAUUAUAUUAUUAUAUAGUUUUAAUUUGUGAUAUACCUUAUGGCAUUCGAUCAAAGUAAACAAAGUGAAUUCAAAUCAAGGAAUAUUAUAAUUUGUUAUUU